AUGGUCAAUCCCGUGUCCAACACCAAGGUCACCCUUGACCAGAUCUAUGCGGUGGAGUACCUGCAACAGGCGUUCAGGGCCAAGGUGGAGCAGAGGAAAAAAAAAGAAGAGGCAGCCGCAGCCGCAGCAGCAGCAGCAGCAGCGGCGGCGAGAGAGGGCGGUUUUGGCGAGACGAAAGGCCUAGAUACACCUUCCCAGGACACGAGCAAGUCUGGCUUCUUCGCCCCGUUACCACCACGGUCACCGUCGUCGUCGCCGGCGCCACAUCCGGUACUACUUCGUCGCGACGACAGCAGGACCUUGUCCGGCAGCGCCGCCAACAGCAAGAACGUGAACUCCGUCAGCGCUUCUACCGCGAUGCCCUCGCGUACCUCCAGCGUCGUAGACGAGGAGAAGGGGGAGAUGGAGGAUGGUGACGACGAGAAGGCGGAGGUGGAGGACGACGCAGAGGAAGCGGAAGAAGAAGAGGCGAAAGUGGAAGCGUUGAGUUCCCCCGCCUUCGCGGCAUUCCGGCGACGGGGGACAUCAAGUCGCCUUCCAAAGGCGCCGGUGGGACGGGGGAAAGGGCAGGCAGAUGGGCAGAACGGUGUAAGAACGGAGGGCGUUUUGGUGACGCCGAGAGGCGGUGGGGGGGGGGAAGCGGUUGAGGAGGGAGAAGGAAGCGGGAGCUUAGCGGGGCACCUCGAAGCAGAAGCGGGGGCUUCGCCGCCGCUCCUUGAAGUCACGCCGAAAUUGGAGACACAGCCGUCGGUGCGGCGAUGGUCGGCGCGCCCGAGUGCCAGCCGGCAAGCCUCGAUGUCGCCCGCCGUGUCUUCCGUCGACGGCCAAGACAGAGAUGCGUUCUCGCGCGCUUCGAGCCCACCUCCAAUUCGCAUCUUGACGCCCGCGAGAAACUCCAAGGCCGGGGCGGCCGCCGCGCUCUCGCGGGCACCGUCGUUGCGGAGGUGGGUGGUCAAUAGCAGCAGAGGAGGGCCCGGAGGGCCCGGCAGGGAGGACGGGGGCGGCGGCGGGGACAAGGGGGGCAUGAGGGCGAGUAGGUCCGUGAUCAUCUCCUUCGGGGCGUCCUCGGACGAUGGCGACGAUCGCGAGGGUAGCAGCGAUGACGAUCGACCGUCCGCCUUUCCCGCCGACUUCUUCGGCGGCGGGACGACGAACGACGAAGUUUCGCAACCGUGA